AUGCUGAAACUUUUCUCGGACCUCAUUCAGUUCGCUAACCCCGCUUUUCUAAAUUUACUCAUCACAUUCACUGAACAACCAAGCGCUCCCCUCUAUGAAGGGCUCUUUUAUGCAAGCGGACUCUUCAUUUCCGGUAUACUGAGAUCUCUUUUUAUGAACAAUUAUUUUACUGUUAUGUAUCGCAUUGGAACAAAAAUUCAGACUACGCUAACGACAGCCGUCUAUAACAAGGGUUUUUUUCAGACUCUCAAUCUUUCAAACUCCUCAAAAAGACAAAAGACUCAUGGAGAAAUCGUAAACUUAAUGGCUAUCGAUGUGGACCGCUUUCGAAUGAUAACUCCGCAAUUGCAACAGUACUGGAGCAGCCCAUUACAAGUAUAA